ACAAAUACAAGUCAAUUGAUACAAAGAGAUUGAUUUACAUGAAACCUAAUGGCUCCGAAGCCUAAACUCGGGUCGUCGGGGUCGCAGCCUGCGCCUCCUCCUCCCCUCGAAGAUCUCUUCUCCACACUCAACAGACACAUUCAGGCUUCCGCUUUCGACAAUGCCGUCAAACUCACAGAUCAGAUUCUCGCAGUUGCACCUGGCGAUGAAGACGCGCUCCGAUGCAAGGUCGUGGCUCUUAUCAAACAUGAACGCUUCGACGAUGCACUAUCCGCCAUUCAAUCUUCUCGGACGCCGCCCGAUGAUUUUCAUUUCCUUAAGGCAUACUGCUUAUACAAACAUAACAAGUUGGAUGAAGCUUUGGGGUCUUUGAAAAGACAAGAGAGAAGUGAUGAAAGUAUGCUAUUGGAGUCUCAGAUUUUGUAUCGUCUUGGGAAAAUGGAUGCUUGCAUCGAUAUCUACCAGAAGCUCCAAAAAUCCAAGCUUGAUAGCUUGGAAAUAAAUACUGUUGCUGCCCUAGUUAUGGCUGGGAGGUCAUCUGAAGUGCCAGGAAUGCUGGAUUCACUUCGGGUUAAAGCAACUAGCAGCUAUGAAUUGGCAUACAAUACUGCUUGUUCUUUAAUUGAAAGGAAGAAGUACACAGAUGCAGAACAACUCUUAUUGUCGGGCCGAAGGAUUGGUCAAGAGAUCCUGAUGGAAGAUAACUUGGCCGAUGAUGAGAUAGAAAUUGAAUUGUCUCCUAUAGCUGUACAAUUGGCCUAUGUCCAGCAGCUUCUUGGGCGUAAGCAAGAUGCUAUUGAAGCUUAUACAGAUAUUAUUAAACGAGAUAUGGCCGAUGAAUCAUCAAUUGCAGUGGCAGUGAACAAUCUUGUUUCAUUGAAAGGUCCAAAAGAUGUUUCUGAUAGCCUAAGGAAACUUGAUCGGCUAAAAGAGAAAGAGACACAGAACUUUCGGCUUGCUCGGGGACUGGAUUUGAAACUUUCAGCAAAGGAAAGGGAAGCAAUAUAUGCAAACAGGGUCCUUUUGCUUCUUCAUGCCAAUAAAAUGGAUCAGGCCCGAGAACUUGUUUCUGAAUUGCCAAACAUGUUUCCUGAAAGUGUGAUACCAGUAUUGCUACAAGCUGCCCUCUUGGUUAGAGAGAACAAAGCUGGAAGGGCUGAGGAAAUACUAGCACAGUUUGCUGGUAAGUUCCCUGAGAAGUCCAAGGUUGUUUGGUUAGCCAGGGCUCAGGUGGCUGCUGCUGCUGGCCACCCACAUAUUGCAGCUGAUUCUCUGGUUAAGAUAUCGGAUAUCCAACACAUGCCUGCUACUGUUGCCACGCUUGUGUCUUUAAAAGAGCGAGCUGCUGACGUUGACGGAGCAGCUGCUGUGCUUGACUCUGCAACCAAAUGGUGGUCCAAUGCUAUGACUGAGGACAAUAAGCUUAAUAUUAUAAUGCAAGAGGCUGCUUCAUUCAAGCUGAGGCAUGGCAGGGAAGAGGAUGCUGCUCAACUCUAUGAGGAGCUCGUUAAAAGCCAAGGAAGCAUAGAAGCACUAGUUGGGUUGGUAACAACAGUUGCUCGCUUGGAUGUUGUUAAGGCAGAGCUUUAUGAAAAGCAACUGAAGACCUUACCUGGUUUGAAGGGAAUUGAUGUGGACAGCUUGGAACGUACUUCUGGAGUGAAACAAGUUGACGCUCCUCCUCAAGUUGGUGUAACUGAAACUUACGAGGAAGGAAAGAAUAAGACAAAAGCUAAGAAAAAGAGAAAGAGAAAGCCAAGGUAUCCUAAAGGGUUUGACCCUGCAAAACCAGGUCCUCCCCCAGAUCCAGAGAGGUGGCUUCCCAAGCGGGAGAGAUCAACUUAUAGGCCUAAGAGGAAGGACAAAAGAGCUGCUCAGGUGAGAGGUUCUCAGGGUGCUGUAGUUAGAGAAAAGCAUGAUGCUGUUGCCUCUUCCAGCAAUUCAAAUCCUAAAUCAAACCAGUCAACUGCCUCCAAAGGAGCUACGCAGAAUGCAGUUUCUGAGCAAAACAAGCCUUCAUCAUCCAAGUCGAGAAAGAAGUCUAGGAAUUGACCAGGUUUUAUGGUACUUUUAUUAACAUUUUUUAUUCCGGACAAUUUGUUAAUGCUGCUUUUAGUGACUAAGCCAAGGGUCCAUCUAAAAUUCGUGGUUUCAAUUUCAAAACCGUCAGUUUUGGUUCUAGCAAAUGAGUAUAUCUGUUAGGGGUGCUGACUGCUGAGUGUUGUGCAAGUUUGUCAUUCGUAGUUUAUAAGUUCUGGAGAUUCACGGAAAUCGAUCACCUGUUUUUGUUGCUUAAUGCCUAUGGUUCCUUUUGUUUUUGGCUGUGGUCUUUUUCCAAUUGGUCAAGUAUAUUAUAGGUGUUAAUUUUUUUUAUAUUUAUUAUCUAACUAUAUUGAUACUGAUAAAUCAUCGAUGAAUUCUGAC